AUGGCCUCUUCAGUUAUGUCCCCUGCCGCCAGCCUCAGCGCUGGUGUCAAUGCGCGCCUGGCCUCCAGCCGCACCGCUAGCACUUCUGCCCCGACCACUGCUCUCCUGACACCGUCUUCUUUCUUGGGAUCUGCGCGCUUCUCUGCCGCCAAGAGCGGUGUCAGCAGGAGGAGUACGGGAGUGUGCAGAGCCGAGCAGAGCACGCCUGAGAAGGUGCGCGAGCAGAUUCUUGAGAAGGUCGACCAGCAUGACGCCAAGGAGCGUGAGAGCCCGGGCUUCGCCCCUGCUCCCGGCGUCUUCCCGCGCCCCGAGAGGGAGCGCCGCCCUGAGUUCGGUAACAUCGAGUUUGGCAACCUGAUGGCGUUCGACGGCCCUGGACCUGAGACGAUCAACGGCAGACUGGCCAUGCUGGGCAUGGUGUACGCAUUCUUCAACGAGCGUUUCACGGGUCUGCCCGUCGGCUCUCAGGUUGCAUUGGGACCCGGUCUGGCUGGUUUCAUCUUCGUCGCUCAAGUGUUCACGUGGGCAUCCCUUGUGCCUCUCGCCUCCGGACUGAGUCCUGACAGCGUCAGGGGUGGGCCGUUCGGCAUCUUCCGCGCCAAGGCUGAGAGGUGGAACGGCAGACUGGCCAUGUUGGGCUUCACAGCCCUGCUUCUUACGGAGUUGUACACCCAGUCCCCCGUAUUCCUUAGCUGGCCGUUCGCAUGA